AGGGGCGGGACCAGACGAGGGGUGACCGCCGCGCGGCGCGGACUGGGACGCCUUCAUCUGUUCACGCGGUGGCGCGGCUUGCGGUUCGCGGCGCGCGCCACCGAGGAAAGAGCGGUGGGCCGAGGGGGUGGAGGUGGGGUCCCGGGAAGACCUUGGGCUGUGGGCCGAGGGUGCGGGGGGGGAGAGGGGGGCGGGGGCGCGAGGUGGCGCCGGGGAGCGGGGGACAUGGCGCGUCCAGACGAUGAGGAGGGGGCGGCAGUGGCGGCCGGACACCCACACGCGAAAGGAUACCUCCCGCUGCCAAGGGGCGCGCCCGCCGGGAAGGGGAGCCUGGAGCCGCAGAACGGGCCCAAAGCGGGUUCUCUCCCAGUGAAUGGGGCCCCUUGCGACAGCCUCGCCGCCGCCUCGGGAGCCGUGGGCGGGCCUCAGACUCCGCUAGCCCCGGAAGAGGAGACCCAGGCCCGGCUCCUGCCUGCGGGCGCCGGGGCGGAGACCCCGGGGGCCGAGGGCGCCCCGCUGCCCCUGACAGCGCUCUCCCCGCGGCGCUUCGUGGUUCUCCUGAUCUUCAGCCUGUACUCGCUGGUGAACGCCUUUCAGUGGAUCCAGUACAGCAUCAUCAGCAACGUCUUCGAGGGCUUCUACGGUGUCACCUUGCUGCACAUCGACUGGCUGUCCAUGGUGUACAUGCUGGCCUACGUGCCCCUCAUCUUCCCGGCUACCUGGCUGCUGGACACCAGAGGCCUUCGGCUCACCGCCCUGCUGGGCUCCGGCCUCAACUGCCUGGGCGCCUGGAUCAAGUGCGGCAGUGUGCAGCAGCAUCUCUUCUGGGUCACCAUGUUGGGCCAGUGCCUGUGCUCCGUGGCCCAGGUGUUCAUCCUGGGCUUGCCCUCCCGCAUCGCCUCAGUGUGGUUUGGGCCCAAAGAAGUGUCCACAGCUUGUGCCACCGCCGUGCUGGGCAAUCAGGUAAGGACUGGAGUGGUAGGUGAAAGUCGGAUCCUUAAAAGACCAGAAAAAGUCAUAGGCCAUGAGAACUAUGGCCUCUGCCUGCCAUUCUUUACAGAGACUGGGUCAAGUAAGAGGAAACUUGUGGAAAGAAACGGGCUUGUCCUUGUCCUGGUCCUGGCGUUUCUUGCAGCCAUAGGCGGAGCAGGACUGCACCAUCCUUCCGGUCCUCUGGCACUUCACUUCCGCAGCCGCAGAAGGCAGGGGAAGCUGCUUUCAGUGUCACCGCGCUCAGUUGGACACCUCGUUUCUUUUGUAGCUUUGGCAAACACCUUCAAAGAAAAACCGCAGUAUCCACCAAGUCAGGCUCAAGCAGCUCUUCAAGACAGUCCCCCUGAAGAAUACUCCUAUAAGAAUUCAAUAAGAAACCUGUUUAAAAACAUUCCUUUUGUUCUUCUGUUGAUCACUUAUGGUAUCAUGACUGGUGCCUUUUAUUCAGUCUCAACAUUAUUAAAUCAAAUGAUAUUGACACAUUAUGAGGGAGAGGAAGUCAAUGCUGGAAGAAUUGGGCUAACGCUGGUAGUAGCUGGAAUGGUGGGCUCUAUUCUUUGUGGCUUAUGGCUGGAUUUUACCAAAACAUACAAGCAGACUACUCUGAUAGUUUAUAUUUUGUCUUUUAUUGGAAUGGUUAUAUUUACUUUCACAUUGGACCUUGGAUACAUUAUUAUCGUGUUUGUUACUGGAGGGGUCCUUGGCUUCUUCAUGACUGGUUACCUCCCUUUGGGUUUUGAAUUUGCUGUUGAAAUCACUUACCCUGAAUCUGAAGGUACUUCAUCUGGUCUUCUUAAUGCUUCUGCACAGAUAUUUGGAAUUUUGUUCACAUUGGCUCAAGGAAAGCUCACAUCAGACUAUGACCCUAAGGCAGGGAACAUUUUUCUCUGUGUCUGGAUGUUUAUAGGCAUCAUUUUAACAGCAUUAAUCAAGUCUGAUCUGCGAAGACACAACAUAAAUAUAGGAAUUACAAAUGUUGAUAUUAAAGCUGUACCAGCUGACAGUCCUACAGACCAAGAACCAAAAACGGUUAUGUUACCCAAGCAGUCAGAAUCCACAAUUUGAAGAUAAAGAAAAAGUUACUAUCCUGUAGUAAUUGGGGACAAUGUGAUAUGCUUGGAGAGAUAUAUGAGCACCAAGGCUGGGUUUGCAUGUGGUGGGGGAAUAGACACUUACUUGAAAAUUACCAUGUGAACUCUAAAUGCGUAAUUAUUAUUUUGCUUAAUUGUUAAUUUAAGGGAAAUUUUCUUAAAAUGCUUCUGGUUACAUCAUGUUAACACUACUAUUUAUCUAAUUUGUAUCUGGUUUUUAGUCUUGUAUCUGAAGGUAAGCUUCUUGACAUUUACUUUUCAAAAGUAGAUGUUUUUCUUUUUUGCAGAAAAUGGAAGCUUAGAAGACUUUUUGAAGUGAUAAUAUGGGGUGUUUAGUCCCCAUAAGAUACAUAGUUCAUGCAGUUUAUACAUUAAAAUAUCCAGUAGAACUAAA